AUGACAACCUGGGCAUGGGGGCAGAUAUCCAAUGCAGAGGCAAUGGUUCAGCAGCAUGCCACCAUCUAUCGUGAGUGCCAAAAGAAACUCAUUGCACUGGGGGCUGGGGAGGACAUUCUUGGCAACUACCAAGAAUUGAAUAGGGCAGACCUGACUGAUUGCUGGGAAGAAGGGCUAGAGUUACUCACACUGGAGACUAGGUGGACACAGAAAUUCUUCUUACACAAGGAGAAAUUCUGGAGUGGCUGGCAUAUGGAGGUAUUGGCAGUGGGCAGUACUGGCUUCGCAUAUAGUAUGAAACUGGGGAAAUUACAUAUCAAGAUUCUAAUGAGAUGUGUAAUGAGGAAAGCACCCUACUUAUUGGUGGCUCCUGACUUGGAAGUCCUCAAGCUGGUCCUGUACUUGUCCAAGCCUGUCAAAAAGGGUGAGCCAUUCACUGCAGAAUUCCAUCACACCAUGGAGCCGGUGAAUCUCCUCCUCCUGAUGGAUCAUCUUGUCACAGCUUUCAAUCAACCAGCCAAUGCUGUCUGA